UGCUCUUUACAGCAACUCUCUGCAACGCACUCACUGGUUCCAACAUGACACUCCACUGGACUUGAGCAACGAGGAUUUCCGUCUUUGCGCACUCAAGUAACGUUCGUUUGGUGUUUGCAGAGCUCAAGAGAACUAAAGAAAAGUUGGUCAAAGUUUUCUCCCAAAAUGCCACGCUCGUUCCUGGUGAAGAAGCACAUCAACUCUGCAAAGAAGCCAAACUACAGCGAGCUGGAGAGUCCAACAGUGCUCAUCAUGCCGCAUUUCUACAAGGGCCUCCCGCUGCCUGUCAUCCCCCAGCCGGAGUUCCUGAGCCCGGCCGCGUACAGCCCCAUCACGGUGUGGACCACCAGCAGCCUCCCGCUCUCGCCGCUACCCAGCGACCUCUCCCCGCUUUCCGGAUACCCUUCCUCGCUCUCGUCUUCAUCUUCCACUUCUUCGAAGGACCACAGCGGCUCGGAAAGCCCGAGGAGCGACGAGGAGGAGCCGCUGCUGCUCUCCAAGCUGACGGAGGGCGCGCAGGACGCGGACAAGUUCCAGUGCGCCCAGUGCACCAAGUCUUACUCCACCUACUCGGGACUGCUCAAGCACAAGCAGCUGCACUGCGACGCCCAAAUGAGGAAAUCCUUCACUUGUAAAUACUGCGAGAAGGAAUACGUGAGCUUGGGAGCUCUGAAGAUGCACAUCAGGACUCACACUUUGCCUUGCGUGUGCAAAAUAUGUGGCAAAGCCUUCUCCAGACCUUGGUUGUUGCAGGGACACAUCAGAACGCACACUGGAGAGAAGCCCUUCUCUUGUCCUCACUGCAACAGAGCGUUUGCAGACAGGUCCAACCUCAGGGCUCACUUACAGACCCACUCGGAUGUGAAAAAGUACCAAUGCAAGAACUGCUCCAAAACCUUCUCCCGGAUGUCUCUUCUGCACAAGCAUGAGGAAUCUGGUUGUUGUGUAGCACACUGAACACAGCGGAUACUCUUUCUACUAGAAGACUUUUUUUUUCCCAUCAUUUUUGGAAGCCUGGGAGUCUUGUCAGGGGAAUCGAAUCCUGGUUUAGGGGUUGACAACGUGUGGUCCAUUUCAUUUUGCAAGCAGUUUGUACUCAGUUUGUACCUACCUGUGCUUUUCAUGCACUUUUUGCAUGUCUACAAUCUUUCAUAUGUCUUCACUUUGCUCUGACAGAUCAAAUCAAAAUAGCCAAGGGAAUAUUGAAGCCAUUGUUACUUAGGGAACAAAUGUUUGUUUCAUUACGAGGGGGGCUAAAAUUUGCACAAUCAUUGCAAGAGAGAUUGCCAGCACUCGCAUAGGGAUCUGUUUCCUCUCUUAAAGUGCCUCAGUUUUUACUCAGCAAUAAUAUGUAUGUUUGCUUUUUUAUAUUUUUAUAUUAUAUUGAAUGUAAGCGUGACUGCGAUGAUUGUAUAUUUACAUUUGGUUUUUAUUAUGAAUGCAGGAUGGUUUUCAUACUCUCAUGACA